UGCAACCUGUCAGGAUGCUCUCGAUGGUGCGGCUGUAGAACUUCAUAACAGUUUCAUGAAAGACAUUUGAUGAAGGUAGGCUUUAUCAAGCCUUUAUUUCACCUCAUGGAUAUGCCUCCUUUUAUUUAUAAUACCUUCUGCACACAUUGAAGGCUUUACCUUUUUAAAGUAGCCUAACAAUACAUAAUAUUACAGCAAUAAGUUAGUUACUAAUGGAUAAUUGAAUUGCUAAUCUAUUAACAAGUACUCUUGCCUUAGAUACUAGAGUUACUUUUUCAAAGUAGCACAUGCAACAUACACAUGGACUGAAGUGGGAAAAUAGCUCUGUAAAUCAGAACUUUCUUCUACAGUAGUAUGCAAUGAUCUACGUCAUCUGCCGAGCUAUCCACAGCCAAUUAGAAUCAUAUUUUACAAACAGGCUCUCUCCCACUCCUCGGAAUCGUUCGCUCCGAAGCUGCCGACAGUCAAUAACAUUGAAAGCUGAUUGAAUAAUAUUAACCGGCUUAUGUUCAGUAAGAACGUAUCAAUGGGAGCCUAUAACGAACGGUAGGUAUACUCGCGUAUCAUAAAAUGGAUAAGUAAAGACCGCAUAAUGAAAUUGUAAUAAUGAAUUGUGGAUUUUCAAUGUUUAAAACUUUAAUAUCAGUAUUUACAAAGGCUAACGACGGUGUAGUAAGCACUGGAUUUUAGUUUCCCCACUGGAGAUAAAAGGAUACUAGAAGACUCUUCUGCAUAAUUGUGUCCUGUCUUCUGCGAGGUAUCCCGACAACCAUCGAUACUUCGUUGAUCAAUCACCAUGGAAGGCGAAGGAAAGGGGUUGACGCUCCAGCUGAUGAUGGCAGUGGGAACAGCUGUGAUUGGCUCGCUGCAGUUUGGCUACAACACAGGGGUCAUCAAUGCUCCCCAAAAGCUCAGCAGGUUAAGAUGUUCCUCAGAGAUGCAUGGCGCUCAUAGAUCUCCUACCCAAAGGUGCCGUAAUGCAUGUUCCGACAGAUUGCAUCUCAUCUCUCCAGUAGGAGCCCUGCCAGGUCAAUCGAAGAUCAUCGAAGGCUUCCUGAAUGACACGUGGAACAGCAGGUACUCUGAACCCAUCCCUACUACUUCCCUGACCACCCUGUGGUCCAUAUCCGUGGCCAUCUUCUCUGUUGGGGGCAUUUUCGGCUCCUUCUCCGUGGGCCUCUUCGUCAACCGCCUGGGCAGGAGAAACUCGAUGCUUAUUGCCAACGUGCUGGCGUUCAUCUCCGCCGGGUUCAUGGGCUUCUCCAAGCUGGCGGCGUCGUGGGAGAUGCUGAUUAUCGGGCGCUUCAUUGUGGGGCUCUACUCCGGCCUGUCCACUGGCUUCGUGCCCAUGUACGUGGGGGAGAUUGCUCCCACCUCGCUCCGCGGGGCGCUGGGCACUCUGCACCAGUUGGGCAUCGUCCUUGGCAUCCUCAUGGCACAGGUGUUUGGGAUCGAGUCGAUCAUGGGGAACUCCACUCUGUGGCCCUUCCUGCUGGGCUUCACAUUCAUCCCAGCCAUGCUGCAGUGUAUCCUGUUACCCUUCUGCCCCGAGAGCCCCCGCUUCCUCCUAAUCAACCGCAACGAGGAGCUCAAGGCCAGAGAAGUGCUGGAGAAGCUGCGAGGCACUGAGGAGGUGGGCGCCGACAUGCAGGAGAUGAAGGAGGAGGCCAGGCAGAUGAUGAAGGAGAAGAAGGUGACCAUCCUGGAGCUGUUCCGCUCGCCGCUCUAUCGCCAGCCCAUCUUCAUCGCCAUCAUGCUCCAGCUCUCCCAGCAGUUGUCUGGCAUCAACGCUGUUUUCUACUAUUCCACCAGGAUCUUUGAGAAGGCGGGAGUCUCUCAGCCAGUCUAUGCUACGAUUGGUGCCGGAGUGGUCAAUACAGCCUUCACUGUUGUGUCUCUAUUCGUUGUGGAGCGUGCUGGGCGAAGAUCCCUUCACCUGACUGGGUUGCUGGGGAUGGCAUUCUCAGCUGUCCUGAUGACAAUCGCUAUGGCACUACUGGACCAGCUGCCAUGGAUGUCCUACGUCAGCAUUGUAGCCAUCUUUAGCUUUGUGGCCUUCUUUGAGAUCGGCCCGGGCCCCAUCCCCUGGUUCAUCGUGGCUGAGCUCUUCAGCCAAGGUCCUCGGCCCUCUGCCUUUGCCGUUGCUGGAUUCUCCAACUGGUCGGCUAACUUCAUAGUGGGCAUGACCUUCCAAUACGUUGAGCAACUGUGUGGCCCCUACGUCUUCAUCAUCUUCACUGUGCUACUGCUGGGCUUCUUCAUCUUCACUUAUUUCAAGGUGCCCGAAACCAAGGGACGGUCGUUUGACGAGAUCUCAGCCGGCUUCCGCCAUGAGGCUGGACAGUCAGGGGAAAAGUACACUCCUGAUGAGAUGAACAGCCUUGGGGGAGCCGACUCUCAACUCUAAGAUCUCCGACAACACCCCCAACCUCCUUCAAUACUACUGAUAGACUGGGUGGGCAACAUACACCUGGGCAUUUCUAGUUUAGGGACGAGUGCCACUCCUAUAGGCCUUCAGAGUCCCACCUCUCCUGCUCUCUGUGGUAAACUGAUGACUGCAGUAUGCAUGGGGUUCCAGGAGGGCGCGAUGAGAGACUGCAAAUUCACAAUAGAGAUGUGUAGAGAUCGCAACGUUGUAUGUUUCAUUAUGGUGUCUGUGGCAGCACCAUUGAGGCCAACUCCAUUUUAAAGUAGUACAUUUUCUUCUUUUGAUGUUUAAAAAAAGUGAAAUGCUAUUGUGAUUUACCACCACCUGCAGUGCUGUAGUCUUGAAACAAAUCUGGGGUGUCAUUCAUUUAUUAUGUCAACUAGAUGGCUGUGAUAUAGCUUAAAAGCCUGUUACAAACUAGGCAAAACAAUUUGAAGACAAUGCUCUGAUCAUUGAGAGAAUCUCAAUUGCAUUGUCCUCGCGUCCUCUCGUCUCCUUUUCAAAAUCCAUUAGAAGAGGUCAGAGGCGAGGGACCUCUGACUUUUUCAUCCAAUGGGUUUUGAGAAGGAAGAGAGGAGAGAGAACGCGAGGAGUAUGCAAUUGAGAUUCUCCCAUUGGCCUUCCCCACCCAGCUGACUACUUUAAAAUGGUGGAAGAGCUCAAUGGCAAUGUCCAUGCAAAAAAAUUGUUAUUUCCAAGUAGCGAUCUCUAUACAUCUCUAUAGUAUUCACAGGAAGUAGAGGCUCUCCUUGUAAACCCUUGUGUAAUAUUGGCAGAUAUCCAUAUCAGAGACGGAAGAGAAAGCGAGACAUCUCACAGGCAAAUUCUUUCAUCUCCGAUCGGGUGGCGCAAACGGGGGAGAGGGGAAUAAGUAGACCAGAGCCAGCUGUUAUAAAAGGGCGUUUAUGAGACAUCUUCAUUAUCUUGUUGGUUUAAAUCCUCAUCAGCCUGAAAGGGAAAAUAGCUCUCUAUCCUCUUUUGGUCUCUUCCUGCAGCUUAAAAGGGCUGACUUGGUUGCUAUUAAGAUAACAAAGUGAAACACUGAAUUAAACAAUGCUUUCCAUUCCACUUACCCAAUCCUUAAUAUCACCACAGACUAUGCAGUUAGUGAGACACAUUCUCAAUUCCAACUGUUCAUCCACAAUUUACUUCAGCAAACUCUGACAAUAAAAACAAAAACCCCCGACCAAUCUUAUUGACAAAAGGUUAUAACAAGGCACCAUAUCCCUGACCAAGCUGAGAUAUUGUAAAAUGUAUGUCAAUAUUUGACUUAUUUGUGUCUUGGCUCUUCUGUUACUGAGGAGCAAUAUGAACAAUCUUUGCUAAAGCAUUCUAUUUACACCAUGAGAAAUUAAUGAAUUAUGAAGCCAACUCUAUUCAUGGAAGUUUGAUUAUAUAUCCCUCAAUUAUUUUCUUUAUUAGGUGAAGUGUUAUAUUGUAUCUUAAAUAUAUUAAGAUACAAUAUAACACUUCACCUAAUAAAGAAAAUGACUCUGGUAGGACCGAAUGCUUGUAUGUAAUGGAAUACCAAUGGUAAUGUCUUUUUAAUCCCUUUAUUUAAUUAAUUAACUUAAUUUCAAGUUUUACAAUAGUCUUGAUCUUUGCACAAAACCUUACUGCGACUAAGUGGGACUAGUUUUAGCACACCAUUCCCUGAAAAUAACCUUACAUUUCCUCAACCACUGUCUAUUGGCAUAAUACUGCACAUUUGGUUUGAAAUUAAAUGUCAAACUAUACUAGCAACAGUGGUGUAGUGGAGGGUAAACACAGUUUACCCAGCUUUUUUUGCCCAACAGUUUACCAUGGUCUUGUCAAAUUGUUGAACUAGAUCACAUUUUAUAAUUAUUUAAUCUGUUUUUCUCUCAACACAAUUGAUUUACAGAAUAUUAAAAAAUAAAAUAGAAACUUUUAAUUUAUAUUGCAUAAUUAGAUAAUGUCAACUAACCAGGCCUAUCAAGUGUAUUAUUGAACUAUAUUUAUAAUAUUUCUGUAUCUGCCCUUUGAUCUGUUUAACAAAUUGUAGGUGUUGUUGCUCCUCAAUGUUACUUUUGGAAUAUGCAUUUAAAUGUGUUCACCACCCCAAUAUAAACGCAGCAAAAAAAGAAACGUCCUCUCACUGUCAAUUGCAUUUAUAUUCAGCAAACUUAACAUAUGUAAAUAUUUGUAUGAACAUAAGAUUCAACAACUG